AUGCCUCCUAAACCAACCAGUGGAAGGAAUCAACAAGUAGAGGAGCCCGAAGCUGCCUCUAGCAAUCUAGCCAUGGAUGAUAUACAAAGAACCUUGAACCAACUUGUUGGUAGCAUGAGAGAGUUGUUUGAUGCAAAUAGAGAAAUUAGAGAGGAGAUGCACACUUUGAAGGAAGAAGUGCAAAGGAGGAAGAUGAAGAAGAACUUGAACCACCUAGAAGGAGGAAUCAAGAUAGAAGACGAGAAACCGAAGAUGGCAAGAUAA